AUGGUGCUGGGAAUCGUUAUGAUGUCGGCAAUGCUGCCGACUAUGAUUGGCCUAAACGAAGCAACCUCCGGUACUCGCGAUCGCGAAGAAAGUCGCCGCGAUUCCUCUCGGAAACAACGAUGUCAUCUUGUGGCGACCUGUAAGAUCAAUGAAGGGAACCAGCGGCAGCGGGAACAAGUUCACAAUGCUAAAGUGUACGCGGGGUCGGAUGGUAAACUAUACAUCACCAAAUAUCCCAAAUCAUCAAUGGCUCCCUUCAACGGCGGCUUCUACACCCAUCCAGCCUUCGCUCCUGACAACACAUCAGGGAUGGUAACCGUGACUGGGGAGAACCCACCAACUCUACGAUGGGUAUUCCUGGACUCCGGCACACACGAAAUGCGCUGGGGCAGCCGACCAGACAGCGAGGGCCAUAUCUGUGGACCAUUUGAUUGGACAAAGGAUGAGCAGCGGGUCACGCUUGAAGGAUGGGAAGGUUGGUUGGCUGUGCGUUUUCCCGAUGAUGAGCAGCAGGAGGAGCUGGAAGCGCAAUUAGAUGUUGAUGAUGGGAGAGGAAUCUGGAGGCUAUAUUUCGAUCAACAUGAUGACGGAGCUGGUUUACCAUCUGGUGCUCAGGGACUGGAGAUACGUUUGAAGCGGGUUAUAGCGGAGUCGUGA